UACACAACAUAUGCGAACAGUGCACUUGGGUGAGAUCAUUAGUGCUGGUGCUUAUGUCAGAAUGACAGAUCUCAUAGAGAGCACUGGGAUCUCCACAUCUUCCACAGGCCGAAGCCAUGAAGGUGCAUUUGAUGUUGUUGACAGCCUGGGCCAUCACUGGCAUUGAUGCCAACACAACGUUAGCAAACACAAUUGUCACAGAGCACCAUACAAGUCAUGUUUCACAUGCAGCUGGCACUGAUGCCGACACAACAUUAACAAAAACCAUUGUCACAGAACACCAUACAAGUCAUGUUUCACAUGCAGCUGGCACUGAUGCCGACACAACAUUAACAAAAACCAUUGUCACAGAACACCAUACAAGUCAUGUUUCACAUGCAGCUGGCACUGAUGCCGACACAACAUUAACAAAAACCAUUGUCACAGAACACCAUACAAGUCAUGUUUCACAUGCAGAUGGCAUUGAUGCCGACACAACAUCAACAAAAACCAUUGUCACAGAACACCAUACAAGUCAUGGUAUAGAAGCAGGAAAAGAGACUAAUCUUCCUAUGGGAGGCCAUAAGGAAACAUCAGAGGCUCAUGUGGCCAUAGAUGCCCACACACCAGGUGUAAAACACGUCAGCAUCAAACCACUUACUGGACAUGUUUUUGAUACUACAGCAAUAGAUAAUGCUCUUCCUCCAGAAGACCCUAAGAAAGAUACUUCAGAGCCUCAUGAUGGCAUUGAUGCCGACACAACAUCAACAAAAACCAUUGUCACAGAACACCAUACAAGUCAUGGUAUAGAAGCAGUUGUUACAGACUCUCUCUCAAAACCAACCAUGAAGUACAUCCCACUUGGCAAGAAUGAAAUGCAUAUAACUUGUUUCUCUAAGUCCAGAGUUCUACCCAUCCGGUAUCAGCUCUUCCUACAUGAGCGCAUCCUACAGGAGAAGAUUGUUUAUAAAUCAGAACCUGCAAACUUCACCAUGCGAAUGACCCCAGGAACUAAAGUUUAUCUCAUCUGCACUGCAAUAAGCCCAAGUGGUGAAAAGUCAAGUAACGAAGUGACGCUACGUGUAGAUGAUUCUGCAGUCCCAGAAAAAGAUUCUGAGCCGGAUCAAAAAGAUCAUGAUAGUGGACAUGAGCAUCUCAUCUCUCCUCAAUAUAUCCUGACAUCAGUGACCCGAGAAGCUCGAGAAUGGAACAACUUGGUGCUAAUCACCUGUGGUCCCCUUCUCCUUCUAAUCUUGGUCAUUGUAAUUGCUGUUUCAUAUUUACGAAGCCAAAAGGAACAACUUAUACAAGUCUGAAUCCAUAUUGAUUGGCAGCAGGAUCUUUUGAGAACCUCAUAGUUACUAUUUUGUUGGGACUGAAGAUACACAUCUCAAGAACUUACAGAUCCACAAGGAAAAUAACUGCAGAGACACCUCCUCAACACGAAAGUCAUUUUUAAUGCCAUUGCCAUUUUUAAUGCCAUUGCUGCCCAGACAAAACCUUAAGAUUUGGGUUAACACUGAGUGGGCAACCACAUCAAUACCAGAGAUAGCUUUUAUUCAACUCUUAGUUGGACAUGUAGGUUAAAUGAAACUUCUAACCACAGGGUUGACUCUUGCUUAAAGAGUAACUAAACAUUUGAAUAUAUUUUUGUUAACAUGUCCAUUUUGUAUUUUGAAUAGACUCCCCCCCCCCUUCCCUAAAGCGCACCAUUCCCUGUGUGCUUAAAAUCCACUUUUCUGUACGGAGAACACAUUUUAUCAAUGGGGCCGCAGAGCAGUGAGUACGGGCAGGACCACACAUUGCUGCUCCUGCCCGUGCCCCCCGAGGUUGGCUAAAUGCUGGUAUAGCAUUUGGAUACCCUGUAACCAUGUGCUAUGCCAGGAUUAGCUGAGCGGAGCGGCUCUCGCCUGUGCCUGCUUCACUAAGAGUCCUGCAUGUCAACUUUUAGCUUAGCGAAGCAGAUGUCUCCUAAUAACUUCGACGGAACCAACACCAACUUAGGGCUUUAUUGAGACCGGCGUCUAAAACACCAAUCUUAAUAAGCCUGUCCACAGGUUGUGCGUUGUAUUGCAACUCAGCAGCCAACCCUGGACAACCCCUCUAAUUAAAAUUUCCAUCAAAGUGUGGCAAAAUGUUUCCUUAAAAAUAGAAAUGGUAUUAUAUGCAUUAUACGCAAAACAUACAAGAGAUCCCUGUAAGGUGUAUGUAUGCCUUUCUACAUUAUAUAUAUUAUUUUAAUCUUAAUAAGUCUGGAGUUUUAUGAUAGAAACAUGACAGAAAACAAUGUACGGUGUGACCUGGCGUCUUCAGCUCUCAAUGAAUAUAGCGCAUGCUACACUGGCCUCAGUGGUCUACAACGCUGUGUAUAUGACAGUUACAGAAUACACACCAACUGUUAACUAGUCUGGUGGCGAUGGGAGGAUCAGACUACUGGGUUAGAAUGUAGUCUGUAACCACGGAGACACAUAGGUCUGCACAGGAGCUGUAGACAUAGAAGAGAAGGAGGCGUUUUUCUUUUUUUCCAAAUCAAGACUAUUUGUUAAGUUGCUUCAUUAAAUGCACAGGAGCAAUUAGAAAAAUACUUUGCAAGGUAUAUGUAACCAAUAAUCAAUGUAACUACAGAUAUAGCGCAGGUACUAGAUGUUUUCUAUAUGUGGACGUAUGAAUAUGGAUUUAUACACCAUUAUAUUGCAUUUUAAUCCUAUUAAUAAAAGAAAAUCUUAAACUUUA